UUGAAGAGACAUGCGGAUGGCUCAGGACGCAGCUUCUUCCCCAUGCCGUGCACAGACUUCAUAAGCGGACAAAGUUUUUAAAUUUAGCAUUGGCCUGCGGUUUAUUCCGCUCUUCGCCAACAUGGAGUAUUGGAGGCAAUGUGCGAUGUGGCUGAUCAGCUGCAACGUGCUGCCUGCGAACCACCGGGUAACUGCGGACACGGCGCAGGUGUUCGACCUGGCGCAAACCCUGCGGGACGGGGUGCUGCUAUGCCAGCUACUCAACAACCUAAGACCCCACACUAUCAACCUAAAGGAGAUCAAUCUCAGGCCACAAAUGUCACAGUUCCUGUGCUUGAAAAACAUUCGGACAUUUCUGGCCUCUUGCUGUGAUGUGUUUGGGAUGAAGAAGAGUGACUUAUUUGAAGCCUUUGAUCUCUUCGAUGUCCGAGACUUUGGAAAGGUUAUGGACACUCUGUCCAAGCUUUCUCACACGACAGUUGCUCAGCAAGCAGGAUUCAAGCCAUUUCCAACGGACGAGAGCCUACAAAACGAGGACAUUUACAACAAUCUGGAAGACAUGAUUGAUGAGAAUGUUCCUGAGGACGAAGACGACUUGUAUGCAGCGGUCUAUGGCCUAGAAGACGAUUAUGCUGGUGGCGAGAUCUAUGAAGACCUCAUGAGAACGGAGCAGCUUCCCCCACUGAAGCAAGCAGAGGUUGAUGUCCGAAGCUGCUGCCUUACAGAGAUUAAACAGACAGAGGAGAAAUACACGGAAACCCUCGAGUCAAUUGAGAAGUAUUUCCUGAACCCACUGAAGAAAUUCUUCUCUACUUCUGAAAUAGACAAAGUUUUUGUAAACAUCCCAGACUUGGUUAGACUUCACAAGAGCCUGAUGGCUGAAGUGCAGGAUUCCAUCUUAAACAAAAAUGCCUUAAAUCUCUACCAGAUUUUUAUCAGCUACAAAGAGAGAUUGCUCAUUUAUGGAAUAUACUGCAGUCGAGUGGAAAUUGCCAUCGCUGUUUUAGACCUCAUUUGCAAAGAGAAGGAGGAUGUUCGUCUGAAGCUGGAGGAGUGCUCCAAAAGGGCGAACAAUGGGAAGUUUACACUGAGGGACCUGCUGGUUGUCCCAAUGCAGAGAGUCCUAAAGUAUCAUCUCCUUUUGCAGGAGCUAGUCAAACACACUCAGGAUGCUGCUGACAAGAGCAACCUGAAGAUCGCUCUUGAUGCCAUGAAAGACCUGGCUCAGUACGUCAACGAGGUGAAGAGAGAUAAUGAGACUCUAAGGGAGAUCGACCAGUACCAGAGGUCUAUUGAAAACCUGAAUACGCCGCUGGUCACCUACGGCCGGCCAAAGGGAGAUGGAGAGGUGCGCAUAGUCUCCAGUGUGGACAAGAAGAAACAGGACAGGCACAUCUUUUUAUUUGAUGUGGCAGUCAUUGUUUGCAAGCGAAGAGGAGACAACUAUGAGAUGAAAGACAUACUCGACCUCAACUACUUCAAGAUCACAAACAACCCCACGCCUGACAGAGAGGGUAAAAAGUGGUGCUACGGUUUCUAUGUGACACACCAGCAGGGGCACACGGGCUUUGAACUCUUUUUUAAGACCAGAGAGCUGAAGAAGAAGUGGCUGGAUCAGUUUGAAAUGGCCAUAUCAAAUAUUCGACCAGAGAAGGCAACCCACAACUCCCACCAUUUUAAGAUGCACACGUUUGAAAGGAUCACUUCCUGCAGCUUCUGUCAUCUUUUGCUUAGGGGCAUCUUUAACCAGGGUUAUCUCUGUCUAAAAUGUGGCCUGGGGGCUCAUAAAGAGUGUCUGGGUCGACUGGGAGUCUGUGGGAGAACAGCUGUUCUUCACCUCACUGCAGAGCCUGUCAAGUUGAGACCCAAGGACAACCCAACACCAGCGGACCCAGGUUUGCCCAGGAUGGUUGUGAUCAGAGACUACAGUGGCAUCCCCUCUUCUCAGUGUGGGCCUCCACUGAGUAUUCACGUGGGGGAUAUCAUUGAACUGAUGUUUGCCGACUUGCACAGCUCUUGGUGGCAGGGCAAAAAUCUGGCUACAAGCAAGAUUGGCUUCUUUCCAAGCGAUGCUGUGAGGCCUUGCCCGUGUGUUCCAAAACCUGUCGAUUAUUCUGCCCAGCUCUGGUUUGCAGGGCCUAUGGAAAGAUGCCAAGCUGAGGUCGCCCUCUUGGACCGGGAAAACAGCACGUAUCUGAUUCGGCACAGGAGUAAAGAGUGCACUGAAUAUGCAAUCAGCAUAAAGUUCAAUGAUAAAGUCAAGCACAUUAAGAUUCUGACCAAGGAUGGAGGCUUUUACAUCGCCGAGAGUCGGGUGUUCAAAACUGUGCUGGACUUGGUGGAAUACUACCAACAGCACUCUCUAAAGGAGGGUUUCAGCAGUCUCGACACCACUCUACAGCACCCCUACAGGGAACAGCCCAAUGGAAACGUGCCCACGGCCAUUACCAAGGUCGGGAUUUCUCCUGGCGGCUGCAGCUUUGUUCCUCCCUCCUCCUCGCCUUUCUGGUCAGUCUUUUCUCCUAGAGUGGUGGGUUAUGCAAUUGCACGCUACGACUUCUGCUCCAGAGACACGCGGGAGCUUUCUCUGCAACAGGGAGACGUUAUCACUAUCUACACCAAGAUGCCCAAUGGGUGGUGGAAGGGAGUAGUCGGUGGCAGGGUGGGAUGGUUUCCCUCUACUUAUGUGGAGGAGGAGGACUGACUUCGCUUAUUGGAACGUGUAUUCAGCACCCAUUCAGGCUGAAACCCUCCAGUGAACGCCAUGCUGCUCUGCCACUGUCUGGGCCCACAGUCAUAUCUCUCUUUGAUAAAAAUCCAGAGACUUGGACACAAGAGGAGGUGGCGGUGCCCUUAAAAACCUUCUCCUGUCCUCUGACAGACUCUCACACAGAAAUGUCAAAUCACAGAUUCCAGGAGCGUCAUGCCAUAUCUUACCCCUACGCAGUCCUGUCUGCCCCCGCGGCCCACUGGGAAGUACAUGUGCUGUGCCUAGAUAACCCUCCCCCUUCCCGUCCUCUCCCACUCAACUUCUCUUAUUAUUGAUGACUCCAUCAUCUGGUAUGAGUCUUGCCUUUCGUUGUUGUCAUGUUUCGAGGUCAGCAAGGCUCAAUCAUCUAGCUGGACCACAGAUCCUGCUGAUAGUGCCCUGCUCAGGUACCAAAUUAAAGUGAAAGUGUUGAUGUUUUUGACUCUUCCUGGAACACUAUAGCCCUCAUGGCUGUGUCGACAUUUGCAUUCAGUUUCCUUUAAUUUUGUUUUUUGCAUUCCUAACUGCGUGGACACAAACCUUUGAUAGAACUGUAACUGCCAAACUUUGAAUUUGACCCUAAUUUUAAAAAAGGGGUGGAACAUGGAAAAAAAGGAUGGAACCAUGAUGGACUGAUUUGUCAGUGGACCUGUGGACGCAGAAGUGAUGCACAUCUGCAGAGAAACAGCUGAUUAUGUGGCCAUAGGACGCCACCGAUAAAGCUACAUCUCCCAAAUUAGAUUCCUGUUAAAUACUGUUUUAUUUAAAUAAUCACCUCAACUUUAAGUGCAGCCUUCA